GCGCGCGGUUCGUUCUGUGAGCUCUAACUUGACUCCUUGAAUGGCUCUUCGCGUGUAGACGGAAUGUUCUUUCUUUUAUCACAGAUAGUGUGUAGUUAUUACGUCUAUAAAGUAUUUAACUGGGACUUGGAUACGUGAUGGAUAAUGAGGGCAAUAUCUUUUCAGAACCAAGGACAGCUCUCAACAGCCAACAUGAUUUCAACGCUGACGAAGGAUCGCUUGCAGGCACUCAUGACUAGUUUGACAUCUGAGGUGAUGGACGUGCGCUUUCUCAACAAGAUGCACGACACCACUACAACUUCGCCGACGCCAAGUUUCACGGAUAACGAGACCAGAUGCGGAGAGCCCAUUCUGAGUUACGGACAUGUUGAGAAAGUGCUCAUCGGAGGGGUUUUGACCUUGCUUACUUUUUUAACGGUUUGCGGGAAUUUGUUGGUGGUCAUCUCGGUGUGUUUUGUGAAGAAACUGAAACAGCCUUCUAAUUACUUAAUCGUUUCCCUGGCCGUCGCAGACCUGUCGGUUGCGUUGGUCGUAAUGCCGUUCGUCAGCAUCACUGAUCUCAUAGGAGGACAGUGGAUCUUUGGUCGUGUUUUUUGUAAUGUUUUUAUCGCAAUGGACGUGAUGUGCUGCACCGCUUCAAUAAUGACCCUAUGUGUUAUUAGCAUAGACAGGUACCUGGGCAUCACUAAGCCUUUGACGUAUCCCGUGAGACAGAGUGGAAAGUGCAUGGCCAAAAUAGUGUUGUCUGUAUGGCUUCUCUCUGCCUCCAUCACCCUACCCCCACUGUUUGGAUGGGCUCAGAAUGUCAACGAUGACAAUGUGUGUCUGAUCAGCCAGGAUCUGGGCUACACUAUCUACUCCACCGCCGUGGCCUUCUACAUUCCCAUGUCCGUGAUGCUCAUUAUGUAUUACCGGAUAUACAGAGUGGCAAAGGUGAGUGCUGCCAAACACACAAUCGCUGGUUUUCCCAAAGCCGAAGACGAGGAGAGCGUGACCUGCGUGGCUGCGGUCCUAAAGCUGCAGAGGGAGGUGGAGGAGUGCGUGAGCUUUUCUCGCCUUCUCAGAAAUGACCGCAAAAAUAUCUCCAUCUUCAAAAGAGAGCAGAAGGCAGCGGCCACCCUCGGGAUUGUUGUGGGGGCUUUCGCCGUAUGCUGGCUGCCCUUCUUCCUGCUUUCUACGGCUCGGCCGUUCAUCUGUGGAGUGCAGUGUAGCUGCGUGCCUUUGUGGGUGGAGAGGACACUGCUUUGGCUGGGCUAUGCCAACUCGCUCAUCAACCCCUUCAUUUAUGCGUUCUUCAACAGAGACCUCAGGACCACCUACCAUAACCUCAUCCGCUGCCGCUAUCGGAACAUCAACCGCAAGCUUUCGGCGGCCAGCAUGCACGAGGCUUUGAAACUAGCCGAGAGACCUGACCUGGUGCUGUAGGCUGUCUGUACCCUUCAUGUCUCUCUAGGGACUGAUGCAGUCACAUGGAGGCCGAGACGUUUUUGAUGAAUUCCUUAUUGCUCUCGCAGAGGAGUCUUUCAGUCACUUCAAUUAAGUCAAAUUGCAGUGACUUUAAUUAAGUGAAAUUGGAACGAUUGUGAAGCUUCAUGAAAUGUUUUAUAAAGUGCUUUAUAAAUUAGAUCUUAUCGCUGUAAAACGUGCUUGAUGAAGGAGCAAGAUAGUAAUCGAUAUCAAAGUGCGAUGAAUACAGAGUAUCACGGUAUUCUUUGUUGUUUAUUUCUGUGCUUGUAAUAUAUGUGACCACAAAACCAGUCAAUUUUACAUGAGCUGAAAGCUAAUUGAAUAAGCUUUCCACUGAUUUAUUAGGACAAUAUUUGUCUGAGAUACAACUAUCAAAAGUCUGAGGGUGCAAAAAAUUGUUCAGAUUAAGUCCUUAACAAACCAUAUUACUAAUCAAAAGUUAAGUCUUAAUGUAUUAAUGGUAGGAUAUAAAAAUGUAUCUCCAUGCAACAUGAUCUUUACUUAAAUAUACUUUAAUAUGAAAAAUCAAUCAUUUUGACCCAUACAAUGCAUUGUUGGAUAUUAUUACAAAUAUACACCCAUGCUACUCAUGAUUGGUUUUGUGGUCUGGGGUCACAUCUAUGUUAUACUUCCUAAGAACCACAAACCCAUGACUGCAUGGAAGAAACAUUUUUUUAGUCGUGUAUGAAUUUCCUUAGUAAGUCUCAAAGUCAUAUUGGACCCCACUGACAUAAACCCAUAUAUACAUGAAUACAAAUAUCUAAAUUUGACAGGUUUUCAACAAUAAGAGUGUGAGAAAAUAAUGCCGAACUUUUUUGGGGUGAACAUUCUUUUUAAGUAUCUAAGUACCUACUAGAAUAAACUAUUCAGUUUAUGAUCAAUCAUAAAGAUUUUUUCAUUCCACUGUGUUGCAGUCCCGUCCCUUCCGCCUCCAAAUCACCAUCAGUGAUUGCCACUAACAACGUGACAGCAAGCUGAGACUGUCACACCAAUAAGUGUAUUAAUAGAAGCAAGGCAUUUAUUGUCUUCUAGCUGUGAGAAAGACAGGGGUGGGCAGGUGCCUUUAAUUUCUGUCAGCAUGCUUGGCCAACAGAUGGUAAACAAUACAUCAACAUGAACUUAGUGGCCCUGUGAAUUCAGUGCACUUCGAUACAAAACAUCUAUGUAUGAUUAAUAUUGUAAGAAAAAAGUGCUGAACAUAAAUGAUGAGUUGAGAUUAAAAUAGGUGGUUAAAAGUCAUGUGGUAACAAUUUAUUAGAUAAAUAUUAGAUUCGGGACAACUGAGAAAUCAUAGCAGACCGCUGUAAUUGUCGGUUAAGCUUUGUAUAAUAAAAAUGAGAUGAAGAACUAUUAAAAUUAAAUAAAACAUUAUAAUUAAUUGUAGAAAUAUUUCAAAACAUAUAAAGGUAAAUGCAGUGUAAAUCCAAAGGAGCACUGAUGUCAACACUGUGUUUCAUGGCCAAUAAGAAAAAAUAUAUAAUAUGAUAAAUAUAUAAUAUGAUAAACAUAUCAUAUAAAAAUAUAAUAGGUGAAAAGGUAAGCAGGUGAGCAAGAGUUGACAGCUAAUCAAAAAUAAAAUAAAUUAACAUGGACAAAUAAAUAAAAACUUGAAUAUUUACCAUUAUUAUUUAUUAUUUAUAUUUACUGUCCCUAUGCAUUCUUAAUAAUAAUAAUAAUAAUAAUAAUAAUAAUAAUAAUAAGCCUGAAAGAGAAAAGAAGGAAAUAUGUCAGUAAGAUGCUGGCUGGGGACAACAAAAACCUGCUGAGGUCAAUUAAUUAAAUCUAAUUAAUAAAAAAAUAGUUUGUGCUUUAGCAUCUGGACAUUUGGACUCCACAUUAAUCCACAUUAUGCUUUUUAUUAUUGGACUUAUACUCAUUGUAUAAGGAUUUGAAAGUAAUGCUUUAAAUGUAUCCAUGGUGAGGACACUGUCCUUUGUUCUAUACAGAAAGAAAAAAUGAACGGGGAUGUUAGGAGUUAUUAGCUAUCUAGGCCACAUUGCAAAAUCAAAGAAAAGCUUUUCCAAGUGUUUCAGAGAAUUUAUACAGGUCAAGAGGUUUUGUUCUCAUGUUACACCUGAACUGAACAUGAACGACUGUUCAGUAAAUUGUACCUCUUUCUGAAUGCUGCGACAUGCUGCCCUGCUGAGUCUUUCAGUCUUGUUUUUCUACCACAGCAUGAGGGCUGGUUCCUGUCCAUUACCCAGGGGGCUAUUUGGAAUCAAUGUACCUUCAAAUAUAUUCAGAUUUAAAGUUUCAAUGCAACAUCGGUGUACUUUAUUCACAGAGGACAUUUGUCAGUUUAAUAUUGUAAAUUGUGAGGUUAGAGACUGUAGCCCUGUAGUUUAACGUAUAGCAGAAUUUUAGAAUGUUAACUUUAGCUUUGAUAUGGUUUAUACUGAUGCCAUUGUUUUUCAUGCUCUCCAUGCAGUCCAGCAGAAUAAUCUAAAUAUCUGAAUAAUAACUGUGUUUGCAAGGCGGCACUGUCUUGAUAUUUGUUAUAGAUUUACGUUAGGGUUUGUUCCUUUUUUUACUGUGAUGUUCAUAAAAGUUUAGUCAAUUCAAACUCUAACUGCCAGCAAUUGGAAAACUGUUGUAUUUAACGCUUUUAACAAGUUUGCUGUCUUGCAAGCACUGGUAUUUGCUUUCGGAAAUGCAAUAUGCAGUUUAAGUGAACAUUAAAUGUAUGUUUUUUGACACAGUAAAGACGAUGUAUUA